AUGGGUUUCCUUACCCACAGAGUGGAGAGAAGUGAAAUCAAACCAGGAGAUCAUAUCUACUCUUAUAGAGCUGUUUUCACUUACUCUCAUCAUGGUAUCUUUGUUGGGGGAAGCAAGGUGGUCCAUUUUACUCCUAGGGAGAAUGCAAAUUCAAGCUCCGAUACAUCUUCUGACUUCUAUGAUUCAAUGUCUAGCAUUCCAUCAUCUUGUGAAACCUUUCCUGACUGUGGAUUCAGACAACCUGAUAGUGGCGUAGUCCUUUCAUUGCGUGGAGGCACAUGCACCACUGCAGCAUCUGACCCACCAGAAACUGUAGUCCACAGAGCAAUGUAUCUUCUUCAAAAUGGAUUUGGAAAUUAUGACGUGUUUCACAACAACUGUGAGGAUUUUGCAAUGUACUGCAAGACAGGUCUUCUGAUAAUGGACAGGCUGGGGGUUGGAAGAAGUGGUCAAGCUUCUUCGGUAAUUGGUGCUCCAUUGGCUGCAAUUCUUUCAUCCCCUUUAAAGUUGUUAAUGCCGAGUCCUGUUGGUGUGGCUACGGUAACAGCUGGAAUGUACUGCAUGAGCAGAUAUGCUACUGAUAUAGGUAUUCGGAGUGAUGUAAUCAAGGUGGCUGUGGAAGACUUAGCUGUGAACCUGGGCUGGGCUGGUCCUCUGGAGGAAGUACCACCCGAAGACAAUGAGGCCUCUGGUGCACUGAUUGCCAGGUGA